AUGGCUACCCCAAUACUCCUUGGCUUCGGGGCAAUUGCUGCCGCUGUUGCUGGUCGGCAAAUAAUGCGGAGAGCAGGCCAGGGUGCUGCAGACCAAUGGGUGAAGGGCGGCUUCAAGGCCAAAAUGGAUCGCAAGGAGGCUAUCGCAAUCCUUGGUCUCAAAGACAGCCCCCAGCUCAAGAGCCGGUUGAAGGACGCCCACCGCCAAAUCAUGCUUGCAAACCACCCAGACCGGGGUGGGUCACCAUAUCUGGCGAGUAAAAUCAAUGAAGCCAAGGACUUGUUGGAGAAAAUGGAGAAGCGAUGA